AUGAUUGGUUCUGUUGUGAAAGAUUACCUAAACAAAAAGAAAAAUAUUUUCAAGGAAUACAAAUUUGAUCAUGUUUUCAAACCUGAUAGCACUCAAGGACAAGUAUACGCUGAGGUCGCUGCUGACGUUGUCCAAUCGGUGGUCGAUGGGUACAAUUGUUGCAUUUUUGCUUAUGGUCAAACAGGUGCGGGGAAAACUUACACAAUGCAAGGUUCUGAUGAUACUCCGGAAAGUGAGGGUCAAUUCAUCGAAAUAUAUAAUGAUCAAAUCUAUGAUUUGCUUAUCUCACAUGGAGAAUCCAAAGAUGUGAAGAUAACACAUGACAUUGAAGAGGGUUCAACAAGGAUUGCUAAUGUGAAAACAGUGAACCUUGAAUCACCAGAUUGUGUUAAUCAAGUACUUAGAUUCGCAACAAAGAACCGAACUGUUGCUUCUACAAAAAUGAACGAUAAUUCUUCAAGAAGUCACAGCAUAUUUAUGAUUCAUAUCAAAGGUUCUAAUUCUGUUACAAAUGAGAAACUAUCGGGUUCCUUGAACCUUAUUGACCUGGCAGGUUCAGAGAAAAUAUCAGCUUACGAAUCAACUGGAGAUCUUCAAGUUGAAACGAUAAAUAUUAACAAGAGUCUCAGCAGUCUAAAAACAGUUAUACAAAACAUAAAGGAAAAUGCGAGCCAUAUCAAUUACCGUGACUCCACCUUGACCUAUGUUUUGAAGAAUUCAUUAGUUAAUAUUUCCCCGGUAAGAUCAUCUCAAGCGGAUACUGAAAACAGUUUAGAAUUUGGGCUUAUUGCAAAAGCAGCUCACAUCGGCAUCGCAAAAAAAG